GUCCUUCAGAGAUCACAGUUUGGCUAUCAGCAAAUGCCAUCCAGUAAACCAGGACUAGCAAGCCAGAUGCAGCUAUUUGCAAAAUCUGUGAAGACCACAGGAGCAGGAAAGUUUGCCAGAGUUUGAUAGCCCCAAUGUGGAAUAUGGUAUCAAAGACAAAGCAGACAAAACAGGACACCGUGCGUGCUGGGAAAAAUAAGCAAGAAGUAAGAAUCAGUAAUGGCGAUACAUCCAAUGGAAAAAACGACAUGGAAAUACUUGUCGAAGAGAGGAAAUUGUACUUGCAGAAGGAAUACAAGAUUCUCACUGAACAUCUGAACACGUACAUGGGAAGAGUGGAGCAUUUCCUGCAGGAAAAUAAAUUCCUAGAAAAGGAAGCUCAACGGAAUCAGGAAGAAGGCAGUGCUUACCUCUCUUACCUCACAAAACACAACCAGAAGUGCCAGAAUCUGAUAAUAACAUUAAAUGACCAGAAUCACACUGAUCUGUCUCAAGUCUGGACACAGAAAGAGCAGCUAAUCUCACAGUAUACAGAAAAAGAAAAGGAGCUAAGGAGCUCUCUGAUGAAUAUGGAAACAAAGUACUCUCUCAUGACCAAGGAGGUUGAAGACCUGCAGCCUUUCAAAGAUCGAUCUGUUCAGCAGGAACAGACGAAAAAGAUUAAGGAGCUGGAGAAGGAAUUGUUGGUCACAAAGAUACAGCAUUCAGAUGAAAUGCACAAAAUCAAGAGCAAAUUUCUGCAGGCCAAGGCUGACUGUGAGAUGGACUUUCAUCAGAAGAUCCAGGUUCUCACCAAGAAAGCAGAAGAAGCAGCGAUACAAUCUCUAAUUCAGCAUAUCAAACAAAUAAAAGCAGAGAAUUGGCGUCUCCACCAGGAAUUGCUCAGACUUAUCCAAUACUCAAAAAUCCUUAAAGAAACCAAAGUGCAACUGAUAGAGCAGCAAGAACAGCUUCUUCGGGAGAAGGAAUACAUUCAGGACAUGGCACGCAGGCGCCACUGGUUACACCAGCAUGAGGCACACAAUGCAAAUAGUGAAACCUACAGCUGUCACAGCCUGUUCAGAUGUGUCCAUUAGCCUAAAAGAAACACUUCUCCACUCCUCAAUCAUGCCAAUGUAUCAGUAGACAUAGCUGGACUGUUGUUGCCACUAUUGGUUAGGUAAUAGAGUAUACAGAAGUAAAUAUUCUGUGGGUGGAUGAAAGAAUUGAUCUACAUAGCUCACGUUCAGCA